AUGAGUGAGGCAUCGAAUCUCGCGGGUCUACUGUCAAGCAGUGAUACCUUAGACUCAACAGGAAUGUUCACCGGAAAUGAUAACACUUCUCCGCUUAUUCAAUUCCUCAACAUGACUGGACUAUUGAAAAUCCCGAAACUUAUUGUUCACCUUCUUGCCAUGAAUUUCGAAAUCAGUUUGCAUAUAUCAUCUAUUCUUAUAACGAUUGCAGUAAUUGCGGUGGUGAUACUACUAGUCAUACGAUAUAAAUAUCUCACUGGAUACUCAAAAGAUUUAGACAAAAAGAAGCUGCCUAACUUGAAAGGCUCCUCCACACGAAAUCAAGGGUCAGAAAAGAUACAAAAGUCGGCAAGUCUCUUUGUCGAAAAUCGAAAGGAAGAGAAAUCAAGCAAUUACCUCGAUGAGUUCCUCGCUGCAAUUAAAGUAUUUGGGUAUUUGGAUAAAGCGGUAUUUCACGAGCUAACGAAAAGCAUGACCACACAAAAGUUAUCUAGUGAGGAAGUGUUGUGUCUUGAUGAAAAGAUUGGAUUUCUGAUUGUUGUUGAAGGUGCUGCUCAAGUGUACACCAGGAUCUCGAAAAAGAGCUCUUUGACAGGCCAUCGUGACAACAUUAACGGAAACAAUUCCAAUGAUGAGGAGCUUCAACAUUUUGACGACUACGCAGAAAACGAGGAUUUCUUCAAACUUGGUGACCAAAGCUACCAGCUUUUAAAUGAAGUCAAAAGCGGUGCUCCCUUAAGUUCGUUGAUAUCGACCUUGGAACUCUUUAAGCCACGCAAGAGGGAUUCCCUUAUGAGUCCAAACGGGCCAAUUCUCACGCCCAACGAGGACAUGAGAAAUGGUGUUCGAUUAAACCUUGAUUACUUAGGUAAAUCGGCUGAAGCUAUAAAGUCUAGAGAUGAAUUAGAGGAUUUGGAAAGCACAGAGUAUCCCAAUAUUAUUGUUCGUCCCAAGAAAAAGAGGCACACAGACACCAUGACAAUUGCCAUUAUUCCACAUUCAGCUUUUGAACGGGUGCAAAUGAAGUAUCCCAAGGCAACUUCGCACAUUGUAAUGAUGGUGUUGACAAGACUAUACAAAGUAACCAUGAACACCAUUCACAAUUACUUGGGAUUAACGGGAGAGAUAUUCAAGGUUGAAGUUGAGUUGAACAAGUCAAUGAAUUUGGGGUUGCCAAGUUAUUUGGUGGAUGGGCUCGUUGAAAGAUUGAAACAAGGCAGUAAUAGCUCUAAAAAGCGUCCCAAACAGUAUAGACGGAGCCCCCUUGAACGAACAUCUUCGCGGUAUGUGUUGCUCAACUCAAAAGUGAAAAGCAACAAUCCAGGUGAUUUAUUGUCUUCAGUGCCAAUUUCUCGGGAUGAUCCAAACCAAAGAGUGCUUAAAGCGUCAUUUACCCUGUUGAUGGAUGAAAGUAAGAGACUAAACUUUACUGAUAAUAUAGAGGAAACAGAGGAGAACUCAUUAAGGAUUGCAAUAGUUGAAAACAUAUUCAAUUUUGUUGGUAUUGACAACGAAUCAAAUAACGUGUAUGAACAGAAUCCUUUCCUGAGCUUGAAUUCAUCUGCUAGUAGUUCGGUAGUAGGGCUCAAUAACUUUUCUGGUGGCUCUACUCCAAACCCCAUGUACCAUAACAUUUUGAAGUUUGAUCGCAAUGAGAAUCUCAUGAACACUAUCAAUUUGAAUCAGCUCCACAGGAAUUUAUCACCACCAGCAAGUCGACCAUCGGUUCAAAAGCCGCUCAAAAAAAGAACGGUUCCUAGUGAGAUGAAUAUCAAAGAUGCUUUUGCAAAGGUAUUGGAGUUGAAGUACAUAGAACCAGAUACAACGGUUGUGCAGCAGGAUUCAGUAUCUUGUGGGUUAUUCUAUGUUAUCGAUGGAUCAUUGGAGGUACAUUAUAAGGACUCCGAAAAAUACGGGCAACACACAACCUCGAAAUAUGUCUACUCGGUCAAUCCCGGAGGUGUCGCUGGAUACUUGUCAUGUGUGGUUGGAUUCCGCUCCCUAGUUUCGAUAAAAACUCCCAAAAAGUCUGGCGCAGUAGUGGCAUUCAUUGCAAAGAAUGACUACAAUAAAUUGCUUGAUAAGUUUUACUUCUUACAAUUACCUGUUGCGAUCAAGUUGAAGAACCUUUUGCCAAAGGAGAUUCUAACUAUUGAUUAUGCGCUUGAGUGGUGCCAUAUCCCAGCCGGUAAUGUUUUAUGUUCGCAAGGUGAUUUGGCCAAUGGGUUCCACGUGGUGCUCAGUGGUCGUUUUAGGGUUGUCAAACGAAGCGAAAAGAAAGGAUCAGACAACGAUGAAGUUGAGGUGUUAGGUGAAUAUGGACAUGGUGAAUCUAUCGGUGAGGUAGAAGUGUUGACCGCUUCAAGAAGAACCAAUUCACUUAUCGCUGUGAGAGACUCGGAAACUGCUAGAAUCCCGAGAACAUUGUUUGAGCUACUUUCGUUUCAAAAUCCCGCGAUCAUGGUGAAAGUCUCACGUUUGGUGGCAGCAAAAGUACUUUCAUCGGAAAAGAAUGUUGUACAAUCCGCACACAAUUUCAUAACAUCCUCAAGCAGUGAAAACUUUAUUUCGGCCGACUACAAGACAAUUACGAUUCUUCCCACUGUGUCAGGAUUACCAGUUAGAGAAUUUGCAGAUAAAUUGGUGCAUGCGUUGAGAGCUAUUGGUCGUAAUGUCAUGGCUUUGGACCAAGCGCUGACUUUGACGCAUUUGGGAAGACAUGCGUUUGAUGAGAGCUUAGCACGUUUAAAAUUGUCUGGAUACUUUGCCUAUUUGGAAGAAGAGUACGAAACUAUUGUCUAUGUUUGCGACUCACCUGUUCAAUCACAUUGGACAUCUGCAUGUAUAUCUCAAGGAGACUGUAUAUUAUUGUUGGCUGAUGCAGACGAUGAAGUUACUGCCACAUCAAUUGGGGAAUAUGAACAGUUGUUGAUAAAGUUAAAGACAACUGCGCGAACUGAUUUGUGUUUGAUUCAUCCGGACAAGUAUGUUGUAUCUGGAUCUACUGGCCAAUGGUUGAAAAAUAGAGUUUGGGUGCAAGGUCACCACCAUGUUCAAAUGAACAUAGAGAAACACAAUGAAUCAUUGGGCCCCAGCAAGAAAUCAUUCAUCAGCGACUUGGCUGCCAAAUUUUCCCAAAACAAUUUGAUCAUCUCCAAGUUUGAAGAAGCCACGACAAGAGCUAUCAAACGAAUUCGCAGAGAUCAGCAUGAGGAUAUUACGUUAAAGUCCCACAAAAAUGACUUCCUACGUCUUGCAAGAAUUUUGUCGAACGAAGCUGUCGGAUUGGUCUUGGGAGGCGGUGGAUCGAGAGGAAUUGCCCAUGUUGGUGUCGUUACCGCAUUAGAGAGGCAUGGUAUUCCUGUCGAUUUGAUUGGUGGAACAUCCAUAGGCUCCUUUGUUGGGGGUUUAUACGCGAGAGAUUAUAACAUAGUUUCCAUAUAUGGUCGAGCAAAGAAAUUCUCCAAGAGAAUUGCAUCGUUAUGGAGAAUGGUUUUCGAUUUGACGUAUCCAGUGACAUCGUACAUCACUGGUUACGAAUUCAACAGAGGUAUCUGGAAAGUAUUUGGGUUUGUUGAGAUUGAAGAUUUCUGGGUCAAGUAUUUUUGCAAUUCGACAAAUAUUACAAAUUCAACAAUGGACAUUCAUGAAUCUGGUUAUGCCUGGAGGUUCAUCAGGGCUUCGAUGUCGUUGGCAGGAUUGCUUCCACCUAUAGCAUUUAAAGGCUGUAUGCUUUUGGACGGUGGGUACUUGGAUAAUUUACCAGUGAUGGAAAUGAAGCGUCGUGGAGCUAAACACAUAAUUGCUGUGGAUGUAGGAUCAGCUGAUGACAGAACCCCAAUGAACUAUGGUGAUACGUUGAGUGGGUUUUGGGUACUUUUCAAUAAAUGGAACCCAUUCUCAAAACACCCCAAUGUGCCCAACAUGAUGGAUAUACAAAUGAGAUUAGCUUAUGUUGCUAGUGUCAAUGCUUUAGAAGAGGCAAAAAGAGCUCCUGGUGUUUACUAUUUGCGACCACCUAUUGACAAUUACGCUACUUUGGAUUUUGGAAAAUUUGAUGAAAUCUAUCAAGUUGGUUUAGGAUAUGCCGAUAAAGUGUUUACCGAAUGGGAGAAUAAGAAAGCGUUGCCAGAAAUUGCUGGAUUCGUCAAUAAAAAUAAGAUGAAAGAUUUUGGAGAGAGGAAAAUUAUGUAUAGAAGAAACUCAAUUUAG